AUGACAUCCAAGCAUCCAUAUGUAUACAUGACCGAUCAACAAAUAAAUCCUUUACUUCUUUGUUCAAUAUGUCAAAAACCAUUUGUAGAUCCGCUCACAACCAAAGAUAAUAAACGAGGUUGCCGCGCCUGUUUCACGGACUAUUCAUCAUCUCAAUCGGUACCAAUGGCUCCAAUUCAAGAAGGGAUUGUACUAGAAAUGCUCAAUAGUCUUUUGGUAGAAUGCACCAAAUGUAAAGAUAAAAAUAUUCGACGAGGUGAUCUACAACGACAUGAAGAAAAAUCCUGUAAACGAGUUUUUGUACAGUGUAAAGCUGCCGAUAUAAAAUGUCCAUGGAAAGGUGUACGAGAAGAAUUAGAUGCACAUAUGGAACAAUGUGUUUUUGAACCCUUAAGACCGGUGCUAGCUGAACUAAUUAUGGAAAAUGAACAAUUGAAAGAAAAAAUAGAUCAGUUAGAGAUAUUAAUUAAAAAAUUUACCGAAAGAAAUUAA